AUGGACGAAGAACUGGAAGUUCAAGCCACGGCCACCGCCUGCACCGUCCAAAAGGUCACCAAACAAUCGUUGCAUCAAUGUACGAUCCCUGAAGCGUUCAAACACGGUCGCCAUGACGAAGUUCAACGGACCAAACGUUCGGCUAAAGAGGAGGAUACGUCCAAGAAGGCGUUCCAUCACCACCAAACCAUGUUGGAGCCAGCGACCGUCAUACCACGGGAUGAUCCGUCUACCACGAAGCGAGCUAAAUUAUCCACGCCGUCGCUGGUAGAAUUCAAGCAAUUUAAAUGGUGUGGAAGCCCCGAAGUUGCGGCUGUUGGCAAGUCAACCAAGUCCCGACGGCAUCAUGUGAUUCCGGACUUUGAAGAACCCUCCAAGGUGCUACUAAGCAACGGAUUGACAAACCAUCCGCCCUAUCAACGUCGAGAAGGUUCAUCCAGCAAUAUCAAUAUCCAGCAUGUGGAUACGGAGAGACAGCAAGGGCUCUCCUGUGCAAGCAGUUCCAAGAAUGCUAACGACGUCAAGAACGAUGGGGCUGACGUGCACACGAUUCCCAUGAUCGACGACUACGAGGAAUUGACCCUGGAGCAAGAGUUUAUGAAGUACAUCUUCUAA